UUCAUUUCAUCGUCUUCAAGAACUGCUACUGAUCUAAAGAGCUAACCAAAAAAAAAAAAUAAAAAAAUGAGAAGCUUCAAUUUCUUCGGUAGAUUAUGUACGGCUUUCCAUGACUAUCCUUCUCUUUCUAAGAUCAUCGUCGUCUCUACACUCAGUAGCGGAAGCCUUAUAGCUUAUUCUGAGGCAAACACAAACAAUGGAAAUAGAGGCCGUGUUGCUCAUGCUGAUGCUGUUGCAUCCAAGAAAAAGAAGGUGGUGGUGCUCGGAACUGGUUGGGCAGCAAUGACUUUCUUGAAGAAUCUCAAUAACUCUAUUUACGAGGUGGAAGUUGUGUCUCCUCGUAAUUUCUUUCUCUUUACCCCAUUACUACCGAGUGUUACUUGCGGUAAAGUAGAAGCUCGUAGCAUCGUUGAGCCAAUUCGCAACAUCAUCAGAAAGAAAAAUAUUGACGUCAGUUACCGUGAAGCUGAAUGUACCAAAAUAGAUCCUGCAAAUAAUAAAAUUUACUGCCGUGCCACUGCAAAUACCAAUUCAAAGCGGCGAGAAGAGUUUGCAAUAGACUACGACUACCUUAUUAUUGCUGUUGGAGCUCAGGUUAACACCUUUAACACCCCUGGUGUCGAGGGAAAUUGCCAUUUCUUAAAGGAAAUUGAUGAUGCUCAGAAGAUUCGGCGGAAUGUCAUUGACGCCUUUGAGAAGGCAAGCCUACCAAAUUUAACUGAAGAGGAGAGAAAGAAAAUUCUUCACUUUGUGGUUGUUGGUGGUGGCCCUACAGGUGUGGAAUUUGCUGCUGAACUUCAUGAUUUUGUGAACGAAGAUGUGGUCAAACUAUAUCCAAUGGUCCAAAACUUUGUGAAAAUAACAGUUCUUGAGGCCACAGAUCAUAUAUUGAACAUGUUUGACAAAAGAAUCACAAAGUUUGCUGAACACAAAUUUGGAAGAGAUAAUAUUGAAGUGAAAUUAGGAUCAAUGGUUACAAAAGUGACUGAGAAUGAAAUUUGUACAAAAGCAAAAGGUAGCGACAAAACAACUUCUAUGCCAUAUGGAAUGGUUCUCUGGUCAACCGGCAUUGGGCCACGUCCAAUCGUAAAGGACUUUAUGAAGCAAAUUGGUCAGGGUAAUAGGCGUGCUUUAGCAACUGAUGAAUGGCUAAGAGUAGAGGGAGUUGGUAACGUUUAUGCACUUGGUGACUGUGCAACUAUUAACCAACGGAAAGUCAUGGAAGACAUAACAGAAAUAUUUAAAAAGGCAGACGCGGAUAACUCGGGAACGCUGACACUCAAAGAAUUUCAAGAUAUCAGUAAUGAUAUUUGCGAAAGAUACCCUCAAAUGCAGCUUUAUCUGAAGAGCAAACCAGUGCGUAACAUUUUCGAUCGUCCAUCCCAAGUCAAAGGAAAAGCUUCAAAAGAAUCAAUUGAGCUGAGUAUUGAAGAAUUUAAAUCUGCUCUUUCCGAAGUUGAUACUCAGUUGAAGAAUCUGCCCGCGACUGCACAGGUUGCAAAUCAACAAGGAGCUUAUCUCGCUAAGUGCUUCAAUCGAAUGGAAGAGUGUGAAAUUAAUCCUGAAGGUCCCACUAGGAUCAGGGGAACAGGUCGCCAUCGUUUCCGUCCCUUUAGGUACAGGCACUUGGGACAAUUUGCUCCUUUGGGAGGGGAGCAAACAGCUGCACAACUUCCUGGUGAUUGGGUCUCAAUCGGACACAGCUCGCAGUGGCUCUGGUAUUCCAUCUAUGCAAGCAAGCAAGUAAGCUGGCGUACAAGGGCAUUGGUGGUCUCCGACUGGAUACGACGUUUUAUUUUUGGGAGGGAUACCAGUGGUAUUUAAGGUACAUUAACAGGUCUCUCUCGGUCUAGCGUUUGGAGGUACUGCUACAUAAACAUAUUGGAACGCUGUAGAGGUUUUUUGGUAUAAAGAUAAAUUUAGCUCUUAACAUUUAUCUAUUUUGUCUUUUUGGUCCCAAUUUUUUUAAAUCAUUUGGCCCUUAACUUUCAAAUUUUAGUGAAAUUGCUCUGUUUUGAAUGGAAAAAUUGGCUGGACUGUUAAAAUUUUAAUGGCAUUGAUGUGGCAAUUCAUAUGAGUACUUUGACAUGGAUAAUUUUUUCUUGUAAAUUUUUUUUGAAAUUUAUUGAAUUUAUUAUUUUUUUAAAGUAUAUGUGGAUUAUCAUGUGAGUUGCCAAAUUAGUGUGGUUAAAAUUUUAACAUUCCAGUUAAAUUUUUAAUUAGAAAAAGCAAUUUGACUAAAAUUUAAAAGCUGAGGGUCAAAAUGUUAAAAAAAAAUCAGGGCCAAAAUUACGGAAAAGGUAAAUGUUAAGGGCAAUUAUUAUUAUCCCAAUUUUUUUCCUUAACCUUUUCUCGAUUCAUUCAUUUAAUAAUCAUUGCUGCAAAAUAGAGCUUUGAUCCCUUGGCAGUGUUUUCACGUUGCCAAAAUUUUGGAAUUAGUUGAUUCAAUCUUUACAUAGGGAAAUUAUGUACCUAUUCUCUCUGUCGUUUUUUUGGAGUUAUCUGCUUUUUUAAGCUAAA